UGUAAAAAGCCACAUAAUCUUCAUUUUUAUAUUGUUAAUGUAAUGUAUAAAUUAAUAUAAAACUUUUUGUUAUUAAUAUUUAAACACUUGGUAGUUGGUUCACUUUGGCUAGGUAGUAAAAAUAGUUUUAGAGAUGCUGAAAGAAGACUCUGAAGAAGCAUCAAAACGUAAUAGUAACCCUGAAGCAUUACCAAAUGGCAUACCACAAGAAAGUGACGACAUUCAUCUUCCAAAUUUAAUAAACGGACCGAAAAAGUUGUCAUCGAGUUCAUGGCCUGACGGAAGUAGAAAAAGUGCUUUUCAGCCAUACAAGCAAUGUGUUCGUACAGUGUUAACCAACUUACAACGGGGUAAUACGCAAGCGGAACCACCAAUACCCCAAGAAAAAGAUGUAACGUUUCAUACUAAAGCUGGUCAGGGUGAAGUUACAGAAGCAAAUAUAAAAAACGAACAAGACGUCGACGUGUAUGAUAGCAAAGGCCUUACUGCUUUACACUGGGCUGCAGCAUAUGGGCAGAUUGCUUCUGUACAAUUAUUAGUUCAGCAUGGUGCAGAAAUAGAUAAGAUGAGUCCCGAUGGCGAGACACCUUUACUUUUGGCAGCUAAUGGGGGUCAUCACGAUGUCGUGAGACUACUGCUUAAUUAUGGUGCUAAUGUUAACCACGCUGAUGAUAUUGGAAAUACUGCUCUAAUGUAUGCCGCAAGUGGAAACCACCCUCAUACUUGCAACGAACUUCUAUUAAGGGGCGCUGAUAUCACGUUAACAAAUAAUUGCAAUGAAACUGCGUUCGAUUUAGCUAUUGCUUAUAAUAGUAACUUAGUACAAGCAGUUAUUGAAAAUUAUUUCCUUACAAUGUUUGAAUGAAUGAGGAAAAUCCUGACGCAAAAGUGAUGGGAAUGUGAUAAAUACAUAUGCAUAAUGGGAAUGGGUAAACCUGUUUAUUUAAUGCUGUAAUUAUUUGAUGUAUUUAUAUAUCAAAGUACUUUUUAUUAUGUAAUUGUCUUAUCAAUUUAUGAAAAUAAACGAAAGAUAUACAAAU